UUUGGUUUUUCAGUCUACCGACAGAUCUCAUAUUAAAAACAUUUUAAAAGAUUUGUGACUCGCACCAAGAAAUUCGUAUUUGAAAAUCAACCAAAUCAAUCGACGCCACAAUGAAUCGUACGCUGGAGGAUGUCAUCCACAAAAACAUAGCCAACACGGAGCGUAUAACAGCUGAGAAUACACUGGGCUACGUGGUGUCGGAUAACAUCACUGGCAAUGUGGCUGCCACAUCUUUCGAUAAUACCAGCGCCCAAGGCAUUGUGAAGCACAUGAAUAUCCUUUUGGCCGGACUAGUGCAGAGUGCCAUCCGUGAUAUUGAUCCAUCCAAUUCCGUCUGUUAUCUCCGUGUGCUAACUCGCAAAUUUGAAUAUCUCGUUGCGCCCGAGGAACUAUUUACUAUAACCGUACUCCAAUAAAAGAAAAGCCAAUUGUGUCAGGAGGAGCAUGCGUGUGUACUUAGAGCA